AUGAGCCUUUUUGGGAAGCCCGCAGGGCAAGCUGGCGGCUUGUUUGGUGCAAGCACAUUCGGCCAGUCCCAGCAACAACAACAACCGCAACAGCAACAGCAAGCCGCGCCGACCCUCAGCCUGUUCGGUGGCCAACAGAACCAGACGAAUCAGCAGCAGAAUCAGGGCACAUCGAGUCUUUUUGGAGGAUCCUUUGCGCAGCCACAGCAGCAGCAGCAGCAACAGCAAGUUCAACAGUCACAGCAGCAGCAAAUGCCGAGCCUAGCACAGUCGCAAGCCCAGCUGUCGAGCUCCCUCUGGCAACCAGGCAGUGAAACACCACAAAACCAGAAGCCCCCGAUGGAACAGAUCGCAACCACGUUUCGCAAAUGGCAUCCUGGUGACCCCAGCUGCGUGUUCCGCCACUACUUCUACAACAAGGUCGAUAACGCCGCGGUUCCUUUCUACCAGCCCGGCCCCAACGAAGACCCCAAGGAGUGGGAGGAGGCCCUGCAGCGCAAGCCUGGCCAGGGCUACAUCCCCGUCCUCGGCGCCGGCUUCUCAGGUGUCGCCGACCGCCUGCAAACGCAGAAGCGCGUGGUUGGCGAACAUAACGUCCGCCUGCACCAGAUCAAUGCUAGUCUCGAUGCCAUCCUCUCGCGACAUGAUCUUGAGACGAGCGUGCGGGCGCUGGCGGCGCGGAGACGACACGUCGCACUGCGGGAGCGCUGUCUCGCGCUGGCAGCCCGCGUCCAGGUGCUGCGGAAUCGUGGCUACGCCCUCAGCGGCGACGAGGAUGACCUGCGGCUCAAACUUGUGGAAUUGGACCGCGCAGUGCAAGACCCGGCACUGAGCGCGAGGGAGGAGGAGCUGUGGAGCAGGCCUUAUUGUGCUGCGUGGGUUCUCGAAGAUUACGAGAAGCAGAUCCAACACCUCAAAAAGGAAGUUGAGUCGAUCACGAAAGACUUUCAAGAGUGGGAGAGCGACGGUGCUGCGCGGUAG